AUGCCUAGCAGCGACCUUCGCCUGCUCGCCCUCGACGGCGGCGGUGUGCGCGGCCUGUCCGCUUUGAUGAUCCUCGAGAAGCUGAUGGAGGCUGUCGACCCAGACGCGCCGCCAAAGCCGUGCGAUUACUUCGACAUGGUCGGCGGGACGAGCACGGGGGGCCUCAUCGCCGUCAUGCUGGGCCGGCUGAGGAUGAGCGUGGCAGACUGCAUCACGGCAUACCUGUCACUCUCCAACCGCGUUUUCCGCAAGACGCAACACCGGGUGACGGUCAAGGGCAAGAUGCAGGGCCGCUUCGACGCAGAGGAGCUGGCGCGGGCGGUGAAGGAGGUGGUCAAGCAGCAGGGCCUGCCAGAAGAUGUGCUGCUCAAAGACGCGCCUGAAGCAGGAUGCAAGGUCUUCGUGUGCGCAACGAGCAAGGAGACGAACGAGACGGUCUGCCUCACGAGCUACCGCACCCCGCGCGGCAACAGCGACCUCCUUAACAGCGUGACCAUAUGGGAGGCGUGCCGAGCCACGUCGGCAGCCACCUCCUUCUUCGACCCGAUCGCGGUGGGCAGGUUUGGCGAGGAGUUUGUGGACGGGGCGACGGGCGCAAACAACCCGGUGCGCGAGGUGUGGGACCAGGCGCAGCUGGCGUGGGGACUAGAGCCGCUGGAGGGCCGGGUCAAGUGCCUGGUGUCGAUCGGGACAGGCGUGCCGUCGCUUAAGCCGUUCAAGAACGACGUGCUGCACAUCGGCGAGACGCUGGUGGCGAUCGCCACGGAGACUGAGCAGACGGCAGAGAGGUUCCGACGCGAGAGGGCACUGCUGGACAGCACUGGACGGUACUAUCGCUUCAAUGUGGUGCGGGGCCUAGAGGAUAUUGGACUGGAAGAGGCGAAGAAAGUGAAGGAGAUGGCAGCAGCAACGCGGCGGUACAUCAGCUCGCACGAGGUGCAUACACAGAUGCAGGCGUGUGCAGGCAGCAUUGCAGGCAGAGAGUACUUUGGCGAAUAUCGAACCGUCUUCAGCCUCGAGGGCGUCCCAAGAGUGCGUCAGUUCGUGGACAGGCCGGCGGAGAUGGCAGAGCUCGAACGCGUGCUGGUGCCAGGACCACGACAGAAUCAGCGUCAGAAGAUACACGUACUGCAUGGCCUCGGCGGGAUAGGCAAGACGCAGUUGGCGGUGGAGUUUGCACGGCGACACCACCGCCGGUUCAGCUCAGUGUUCUGGCUGGACGGACGAAGCGAGGAUACUCUUAAGCGCAGCAUUGCGAGUUGCGCAAGCAGGAUCCCUCAAGGCCAGAUCUUAGAGACGAGCAGAACGUAUGCUGCUGACAGCGGCACUAAUGUGGAUGCGGUAGUGAAGGAUGUAAUGGCCUGGCUUGCGCGGCCUGACAACACUACCUGGCUGCUUAUCUUUGACAACGUCGACCGAGAGCACAAGGCGCAAGGCGGCGAUCCAGAUGCGUACGACGUAAAGCGCUACCUGUCAGGCGCCGACCACGGAUCGGUGCUGGUGACGACGCGACUGGCGAGGCUAGAACAGCUCGGCAAGUCGCAGCAGCUGGGUAAGGUAUCUGAGGAGCAGGGCCAGGCCAUCUUCAUGAGCUGGUACAAGAAGAAGCACGCUGAGAGCGAGCGGCUGCUUGCGCUGCUAGAUGGACUACCACUCGCAAUCGCGCAGGCGGGCGCGUAUCUGCAGGAAAGUGGAGUCGGACCGGCGACGUACCUGCGCUUCUACGAGCAGCAAUGGAGCGAGCUGAUGGAGUUGGACCAGCUGGUCGACGCGCCGCUCCAGGACUACCCUGAUCGUAGCGUGUGGACGACAUGGGCCAUCUCGUACCAGGCGAUACGCCAGAAGCACGAGGUCACAGCAAAUUUGCUGCUGCUGUGGUCGUUUCUCGACAACAAGGACCUGUGGUACGGCUUGUUUGCUAUGGGAUGCAUGCAGUCUCCUGUAGCUGCAAGGAUGCUGUCAAGGUACAUUGGAGAAAUCUCGAGCAGCGAGAUAACGUUUAGCAGAGCAAUGCAGCUGCUGCGCAACUACUCGCUCGUCGAAGAGGUGGCAGAAACAGGAAGCUAUACAACGCAUCCAGUAGUCCAUCAAUGGGCAUAUCACUCGCAAGGCAGGUGCUUCGCGACGGAGCUGAGUCGACUGGCUGUAGUUGCUAUAGGCUGGGCUGUGCCGAAGAGCUCUACUCGCGACUACACUACUUUGCAGCGCCGGCUUCUCCCACAUGCACAGGCGUGUUCUAGACAGAUAUCGAGGGAGGAGCCAGCAUGGAGUUGUGGAGAUUACGGAGGUAGCAAUGGCGCUGCGGACGACAAGGAAGAGCAAGAAACAGUGCUGAACGCUGUACAUCUCCUGGGCUUACUCUACGCAGACCAAGGCAAGCUGGGCGAGGCGGAGCAGACGUACGAGCAAGCGCUGCGAGGGAAGGAAGAAGCAUUCGGGCCCACGGACACGUUGACUUUGCAGACGAUCGAAAACCUAGGCAUCCUCUACGCGGACCAAGGCAAGCUGGGCGAGGCGGAGCAGAUGUUCGAGCGGGCCCUGCGAGGGAUAGAAGAGAGACUCGGACCCACGCACACGUCGACUCUGCAUGCGGUUAACAACCUAGGCAUCCUCUACAAGAACCAAGGCAAGCUGGGCGAGGCAGAGCAGAUGUACGACCGGGCGCUGCGAGGGUACGAGAAGGCAUUUGGGCCCACGCACACGUUAACUCUAGGAACGGUCAUCAAUCUAGGCAUCCUCUACAAGAACCAAGGCAAGCUAGGCGAGGCGGAGCAGAUGUACGACCGGGCGCUGCGAGGGAUGGAAGAGGAACUUGGACCCGCGCACACGUCGACUCUGCUGGCGGUUAACAACCUAGGCAACCUCUACAAGAACCAAGGCAAGCUGGGCGAGGCGGAGCUGAUGUACUUGCGGGCGCUGCGAGGGAUGGAAGAGGCACUUGGGCCCACGCAUACGUUCACUCUACAGACAAUUAACAGCCUAGGCAAUCUUUAUGCAGACCAAGGCAAGCUAGGCGAGGCAGAGCAGUUGUACGAGCGGGCGCUGUGCGGCUAUGAGGAGGCUCUUGGCCACGAUCGAGUCCAGCAGUACAGGCCGGCACUUAACAACCUGGAAAAUUUGGGUAAUCUCUAUGCCACACGAGCAGAGACCACCAAAGCCCGAGCAGUGUAUACCCAGGCACUUACAGGACUCUCUCAUGUUCUUGGUCCGUCGAGUGACAAAUGUAUAGAGUUAGCUACUAAGAUAGAUACUCUUUCUGUUCGUGACACAGGCAAAGAAGAGGUCUGA